UGGACUUCAACAUUCCAGUAAGUAUAGUCUUGGGCGACAUGGACUCCAUCAUCGAAACACAGCGUCAGACACACGAGGAGAUAGAAAGAUACGAAACUGCUCUCUAUUCACUGCUCUCAAGAAAUCAACCGACUCAUGAAAUCAAAAUUCAGACAGAACACAAAGCAGCUCAGGUCUUGGAUCGCAUCUCGUCGCGUGUGACAGCCUUGCACAACUCUUACCUCGAUGAAGAUGCACGGAAAGUUGAGAUAGGCGCACUUAGCGCUCCAGCAGCAGCGCAGAAUGACCUUUCUGAAUUCUAUGCGCGGUUGGUGAAGGUUCAGGACCACUACAACAAGUAUCCUGAUGCUGUAGCAGGAGGCUUCGACAUGGAGCUUGCUGCCAUCUUGGAGGAGGGUAAUCAAGAUGGGCUGGACGAUGAUUACGAGGAGGACGACCAACAUUUCAAACGACUGCCUUACCUUCAGUAUCUUGAUAUCCUGCUUGCUGCUCCCAACGGUCUAUUGCACAGCGAGCUUUCGAGGGAGGUUAGGGCAACGAAAGAUUACGAGGUGUACAUUCAACACUUGCAUGAUUAUCUCCUGUCCUUUGUAAAACGGACACAGCCGCUUGUAGAUAUUCAAACAAAACACCAGGAAGCUGAAGUCGAAUUUUACCAAAAAUGGGACGAUGGCGAGUUUGUCGAUUGGGACGAAAAUAAAACCGCCAAGCAAUCAGUGAAUACAGACGGCGCAGGAGAGGGAAUUUGGUGCUCUGCUUGCCAGAAAAGCUAUUCAAAGAAGACCGUCUAUGACGCCCACUUGACCUCCAGGAAACAUAUGAAAGCAAUUACCAAGCAGGCCGUUUCCGAAACGCCUCCGCAAAAUCCAAAUGGCACACAAAACAUUACCGCACAACCUGCGAGUAAUGUUCAAUUUUUGAAAUCCAGACUGCGAAGCUCCGCGUUGCUAACGUAUCUUUCUACAUCCCUUCUUGUGGUGCUAGUUCCCACUAUCAGCGAGACGAAAUCCAAUGUGGAACGUCGCUUCUCCCUCACAGCGCGCGAACGUGAACAAGAAUUGCUUGAACAAUCGAAACCUCCGCCGGCUCCCACCAAUACAUCUGGUGAUGCUGCGGCUGAAGAAGAGGAAGAGGAGAGGAUCUACAAUCCUCUGAAACUUCCGCUUGGCUGGGAUGGCAAGCCAAUUCCAUACUGGCUUUACAAGCUUCACGGCCUUGGAGUAGAAUAUCGCUGUGAGAUAUGCUCUGACCACGUGUACAUGGGAAGGAAAAAUUUUGACCGGCACUUCCAAGAAUCACGGCACGCUUUUGGCAUGCGGGCUUUGGGCUUGCCGAACACAAAACAUUUCCACGAAAUCACUCGCAUUGAAGAUGCCCUCUCACUGGCAGAAAAGCUGAAGCAAGAGGGACGACAUGAGAUUUUCGAGCAGGAAACGAUGGAAGAACUUGAGGACGACGAGGGCAAUGUUUACAAUAGGAAGACUUACGAGGACCUGAAAAAGCAAGGUCUGAUUUGAUAUGUCCGUGCCGCAGUCUUGUACUUCUUCCAUCCAUUACUUUAUUGUUGACCUA